AUGGAAAUCAUGGCUCCUACGAUCUUCGGUUCCCCGACCGGGCAUGACAUGGUUCUCGCGUGCAUUGAUGACGUGAAUAUCCACCGAGUCUCCAUUAGAUUAUCCAUUAUCCUGUGUUUGAGCCUAUUUUAUCGAUGGUUAGAUAGAGAGCGAUAUCAAGACAAGACUUGGAGGAGAGUAUUACACAUUGUUGUGUUCGGGUACACGGCACCACGGGUCACCCGCAUCCACCCACUACUUUACCCUACUUUUCUCUCCGGUCGCAAGGAUGCCACAGCCCAAGAGUAUGCUGAUUGGGCAUGGACACUACUUACUAUGUAG